GUGUGGGACUUUUAUUUUGGAAAAGCAACAAGGAACAGCAGCAGUCGGUGAGCUCACGUGCGCACUGACUUUUGUCUUGAAUAAUAUACUAAUGAUCAAAUAUAAUAAUUAACUUGAUGCCGCGAUACUGAAAUGUCUUCGUCACACAUGCUUGCAAGACCUUACUCGGUAUGCAAAAAUAAGUGUGAAGUUACUUUGACUCUUAAUGCGUUAACGUUACCUAAAUGUGUUGUGUAAGUUAGAGAAUUAGCUAACAGACAUCGGAACAAGUCAUCGAUGUCAUAAGUCAUACAGGACAGCACGUGAUUUUAAAUGUUCCUUACUCUCAGUCAAAUCACUUUAUUAGACUAAAAUGGCUAUGAGAUUAGCUUUGGUUGGAGCUGUACGUUAUAUCGACUCCAGAACGAGUGUCGUUUCUGCACAGAGACUCUUCUGCUCUCAAGCUAGAGGACAAGGAUCUUCUGACACCGUAAGGGUGCUGUAUGAUGGAGAAUGCCCAAUAUGUGUUAAAGAAAUUAGCUUUCUUCAGUUUCUUCAGAGAAACAGAUCAGGUAAAGUAGAUUUUGUGGACAUCUCACUGUCAGAAUAUGACGGGAGCAAAUAUGAAGGAGUGAGUUAUGAGAUGGCAAUGGAGGAAAUGACAGUGAUCGAUGAGAAGAACAAGAUUCAUCGUGGAGUUCCAGCUUUCACAGUGAUGUACAGUGCAGUGGGUUUGGGUUGGCUUGGCUCGUUCAUCUCUCUUCCACUGUUCAGGCCUAUAAUGGAGCGAGUGUAUGGGGUGUUUGCAAGAAACAGACUGAAGUGGACCAGCAGAGAGGGUUGCACCACUGGACACUGUGCUAAAAAAUAGUCUUAAGGGAUAGAGAACAUCAGGUCAAAGGAUGUAUUGAAAGUAACAGCUGUUAUUGUUAUUUAAGUUUAUUGCAUUUAAAGUAUAAUAUUCAGAAUAUAACUGUAAUGUCAAUAUGUGCACAGAAUAAAUGAUCUUUUAUUAAGACCUACAACUUAAAAAAAAAAAAAAAAAACAUAAGUUGCCCUUAAUAAACACACUGUGAUAUAUGUGUAUAUACAAUAAAUUACUGUGAGGGUAAAAAUGCCAGAGUGUUGACACUUUGAACAGCUCUAAGGGAACUUUCUCUAAAUUUAGAAGCCUCCUGACUGGUCAUCAACAGUUAAGAUGCAGAAGGACAGAUUGUCCUUUAAUGAGAAAUAGCCAGGGGUUUGAUCAGUAGUCCCUUUAAACCAACCAAUAGGAUUUUAACUUCAGAGUAGGGCGGGAUUAAAAACCACAACAAAACAAGUGUAAACACUAACGGACAUAAUCCAAGAGAAAACAAGCAAGUGUUUUUAGAAGGAAAGUCAGCAUUUAUUGUUCACUUUGAAGUCAAGUUCAGGAGAAAAACAAGGAGCGACAGGUAAGACAAAUUAACUAGUUUAUUUGAAUGAAAUCUACAAGUGACCCUCAAGGUUGAGUGUGCUUUGUUGAAUUGGACUUAACUUGACCUUAAGUUUUAAUGAAGAAUAAAAUAUAUUUGUUUUAUGUUACAAGUUGUAAUCAUUACUUAAGCUCCACACUGUAAACAUUCACAGUCUUUAUCUUACAUAAUUAUGACCAAUGGAUAGUGUGUGUAUGUGUGUGUGUGUCUAUGAUUUGGUUUUAUUAAGGCCAGUGAGAUUUAUGACUAUAGAUUUCUAUCAUUCAUUAAAAUGUGUAUUGCUUCUUAAUAACUUUUUUAUAUAGAAAAUAUAAAAUACCUCAUUUUACUUGUGCAUUUGUAAUUUUUGCUGAAUAUGAGUCUGAUAAUAGAUACUGAAGAUUGUGUAGCAUUUAAAUUCUCUGUUUUUUAUGAUAUACAUUAAGGUCAGCCUUGUUAUAAUACACUAACAACCAGUUAAUAUUUCACGUUGGAACAAAUUGCAAAAGAGAAAGCAGUAACUGGGUCUGCAGGUGAAUUUUUACUAUGUUUGGCAUUUUAAAUAGAGGACUUGUUGGUUCACUGUGCCUUAGCACAUGGAUAUAGGCAUGUUGUGUCCUGUACACAUCGUGACUCAAAGCCGCAGUCCUCACAGAUCACAACAAAGACAAGAGGCAAAUAGCUGCACUUCCCUGCUGUCUGUCUUCCAUGUGACCUACAUGCAACUAUAAAUAUGCACCGGAGACAUCCCAUGAUUCUGAUUCUGCUGCCAGUGCUCAUUCAGUCCUCGUCCAGAUCAUCUGCUUGGUCUCUGUUGUUGUUGGUGCGUCGCUGAUGGCUUGGUACCUCAACAAAACCCGGGUCGCUCACCUUGGGUCAAAGCGGCUCCGGUUACUGUACAAGAUGAAGUAUCUGUUCACAAACAUCAGAAAUGUUUCUCACCUUGUCAGGAGGCCUCAUAGGUCAUGUCAGAGUAUCUGCUCCUCUCAGUCUACAAGGAGAAUCCCUCCCAAAUCUCAUAGAUCAAAGACGACUAUAAGAUAUUUUGGAACAAUUAGCAGUAAUAUGAAAUAUGACAAUGUAUUUGGCCUUCAGAUGUAUCGAUUAUAUUCAACCUCCAGUAGAGAGACUUCCAAAGCAGAAGCUCCCAUUGGAAUUUACCAGCACAACAGGACUACUUUUCAGCUGCGCUUACUUGGACUGAGAUUAGGAGAGUCUUUUAAUCAUCUCUCCAGACACAUAAACUUGUACUUUAAGCAGAAACAGGUAUAUGUGGUAGAUCAUGGGCAAGGUGGAAUGAUGUCUGCAGUGCAGGAACCGCUAACCAGAACAUCAAGACGUGUUCAACGUGUAAGACGCACUGCAGAGUCCAGAGCUUUUAUAGGGACACCUGCCACUGAGCAGGUCUCUGAAUCAUCCUCACAUCAACCUUUGACCUCAACCUAUCCUGGACUACAGUUGUUCCACAUCAGUUCCUUGGCAAACAGAUUUGGGGAGAGUUACAGCUAUGUGGCCAAUCACAUUAACUCUGUAUUCUCUAGAAAUCCAGCACAGCAAAUUCAUAUGGCGGUAUCACCAGAUGAUGGGCUCAAAAGAUUUAGAAGCAGAAAGCAAAGAGUUAUGGGUAAUAAAAGUGCUCUUUGUAGGGAAACUGCGCAAACUCAGCAAAACAUUAGUAUGGGUACAAGACCAGAGAUUGAUAACAAUGUAUCUAGUUCCUGGGAUGAAGGAUAUCUCCAUUUUGCCCGUCACAUCAACCAAUACUUUGGCGCAAAAGUAGAGGACACUGUUGAGAAAACAGCACAUACUGAGAUCUUGAAGACUUCAGUCUCACUGGACUCUCUAAAUAAACCUAAAGAUCCACUUCCUCAGCCCAAAUCCCCAGGAUUGUUCCACAUGAGCAGCCUAACCACACGCUUUGGGGAAAAUUACACUUACAUGGCCAAUCACAUAAACCGGUACUUUAAAGGAUCUGCAGCUUCAGAGAAUGAGGAGGGAGACGGAGAGUUAAACCUUUACAGAGGUUCGCCGAAGUACACUGUGAUCUGGGAAAAAACAUCCUUUUUUGAGUGUCUGCUAAAACCCUCCACUAUACCUGGUUUUGUGGGCAGCUACCUGGGAAUGGGCUCUUCCAGGCAAAGUGACCAGAACACAACUGUAACAAGGACCCCAGAGGAAAUUCGGGAUAAAACAGAUUUAAGGAGGAGAAAGGCAGAUGAGUUGACUAGAGUUCUACUGAAGAGACUUGAAGAGGCUACAGUAAUGUCAUCUAUCACUUCCCUUGUGGAGGAGCUGAACGCUCACCUCUUUCAGCACCCAGCAUGCAAGGCUGUGAUGUGGCAGGAAAAAGCAGCACUGCAGCUGCUUAGAUGCCGUCGGACCUUUUGGAUGGAUGAAAAACUUCAACAAGCCAUCAGGGAAACUCUCGCUCUGAUUGGUUAUGUGGAUCAGGUCAGAGGUCACGGAAUCAGGGUGCUUUCCAUUGAUGGAGGUGGAACCAAAGGGUUAGUUUCACUUCAAGUGCUAAAACAGCUGGAGGCUCAAACAGGAAAACGAGUGUAUCAGCUCUUUGACUACAUAUGUGGAGUCAGCACAGGAGCAGUUCUGGCUUUCAUGUUGGGUCUAGCUCGUAUCUCUUUAGAUGAAUGUGAAGAGAUGUAUCAUCGUUUCGGCUCAGAUGUUUUUCGACAAAACCCCCUGGUUGGUACUGUGAAGAUGGGCUGGACACACUCCUACUACAACACAGAAACAUGGGAGAUGAUCUUAAGGGAGAAGCUGGGGGAAGAGAUUUUAAUUAAAACAGCCAGAGAUGAGCUGAGCCCAAAGGUGUCUGCUGUAAGUGCAGUAGUGAACUGGGGAAAGAGUCCCAAAGCAUUUAUCUUCCGCAACUAUAACCAUGCCCCAGGGCGACUGAGCCGCUAUGCUGGAGGAUCAGGAUACCGGCUGUGGCAGGCCGUCCGGGCCUCAUCUGCUGCUCCAGGAUAUUUCCAGGAGUUCCCUCUUCAUGGCGACAUACACCAGGAUGGUGGUCUUAUCCUCAAUAACCCUUGUGCUCUGGCUGUCCAUGAAAGCCGACUGCUGUGGCCCAGCCAGGGCUUCCAGUGUGUGCUGUCACUGGGAACUGGUCGCUAUGAUAAUGCUAGAAGAGGGCCUGCAACCUCCACAAGUCUGAGAGCCAAAAUCAGCAACCUGAUCUGCAGCGCCACCGAUACUGAGGGUGUUCAUACUCUAUUGGAUGACCUCUUAUCACCGAAUGUGUAUUUCCGCUUUAACCCGAUGCUGAGCUCAAACGUGACACUGGAUGAAAGCAGACCUGAAGUGCUUCAUCAGCUGCAGCAAGACACACAGCUGUACCUGGACCGGAACCGACCCAAACUGGAGCGCCUGUGUGAAGUGCUGAUGACAGAACGCUCAGCAAUCUGGAAAACGCGGGACUGGAUCGGUGGGAAAGCGUGGGAGCUGCAGCAGCGCUGGGCUUGAGUGGACUUUACACAGUGCUGAAGAGAAAUCAGUUGAAUGAAUGUCAUUAUGUGGAUGAAAGCUAUACUAGACCAUCAUUAAAUUCUGAAGAUAUGUCCUUACUGGUCUGAUUGUGAACAGCUGUGUUUUGACAAGUUACAAAUCAUGUUAGAGAAGUUACAAAUCAAAUACACAGCCAUUUUACACUGAAUGUUUUGAGCACUUAUAUGCCAAUGUAAAUUCUGUGUGAAUGUCAAUAUUUAUAGACUGAUGUAUUUAUUUCUGUUUCAAUUUUUCAGAUUUAUGAAAUGAAAUAAAACUAAGAGCACU